GGCUACGGUGCUCCUCUCUCUCUCCUUCCCUGUAUACACGAGCCGCAACACACACCAACUACGCGCCGCCCCCUAUCCAAGCCGCCACUAGUCUCACCGCUACUACCGCCGCCGCCGCCGUAGUCGAAGCCGCCCCGUUCUUAUACACACUUGUGUAGAAGGAAAGAGGAAGCCGAGGGUCGCUCUUUUUUUUCCCUUUUUUUCUCUUUUUAUAUUUUUCACUCUGGGAAGAAAAAGUUUGUGAGGCGUGCGCUCCCCGCAGUCACAUCUUAACGCGCGCGCCCUCUUUUCCUGCAUACAAAAGUUGAACGUCUUGACCACCAGAGUGCAUAUUACUCGUUUCAAUUUUUUUCCCCCCCAUUUCUCACCACGUCUUGGUGUACUAGUGCUGCCAACCAGUCGACUUGGGCCUUCCAGACGAGAUGGCCGUCCUGUGCUGACGAUCCUACAAACGCAGACGCAGGGGGAACACACACACACACACUUUGAAUCAGAGAGAGAGACCUUGCAUCCACGAGCACGUUUUUUGUUUUCUUUUUUUUCAAGUGGCCAUUUUCGAAGCAACACAAAAAAAAAGGGAGGAAAAACACUGUGACAUUUUCGGAUUGUGUUUUGUGUGGUACAUAUCGUCGUGUCUCUCGAAAAUUCUGUGCUGGUGCCAAGUGCUAAACAACGUAACAAGUGAAGCAACAAAACCCUCCCCUCCUUUACAGUGUGUGUGUAUUUGUGUGGUGUGUGAGUGUGUAUCUAUUCUACACGGUGUGAUAAAAAAAAAACGUGUGGUGUGUCCGGGAUUUUUCUAUUUGGAUAUCGCGAGAUUCUCUUCGAAAAAAAAAAAAAGAAUUUGGGAGUCUUGACAAAAUAAAAAAUAAAAAAACUAGAAAAUACACUUGCCGAACCCACAUCAUCUUAAAGGCGCGCGUUUUGGGUGUGUAGUGUCUGUGUCUGUGUGUACAGUGUGUGUUCGCGCGGGAGCGCGUGAAAUGGCGCUGUGAAAGGCUGCCAUCAUGAAUGGUGGUACAGUCAUUAUCAUCUUAUCUUUAGUCUAGGCCUGGAUUUAUCAAGUUGCAGCAACAGCCUCGUGUUUCUGCCGUCUGGGGGUCGUCCCAUUUUUUUUUUUUUUUUGUAUUCUUCAUUGGUUUUUAUAAAACCGAAAAAUGCCACACGUGAACGGAAGCAGCGACGGUGAUGACUUGGGCGAUGCCGACGAGAUCAAAGUGUUCAAACACGACGAAGAAUGUGAAGAAGAAAAGAAAUUGAUUGCAGAAGAACGUCAAUCUGAUUCCCUCACAGAAGACAAAUCUAGUCUUGUAACUGAAGGAGAAUCACAGAGCAAAAAUGCUUCGUUAGCCGGCCAAAGUUUCACUGGCAAAAAUUCACUACGACCUGAACCUGGACCAUUAUUCGGUGGUCGGUCGCUGGAGUCGCUGGCCUCGUCGCACGCCUCUCCGCUCAACAUGGGAUACCUUAUGCCCUACUCGUACCACAAUGGCAUGGCCGCACUUACCUCUCUACCAUCCAUGGGCAAUAAGAUGGGACAUUUAGGUUCAGCAGCGCAUCACGCAGCGGCUGCAGCGGCGGCAGCAUCGUCGCUCCAAUUCUUCUACCAAGGAGGUGGCGAUCCUCACCUCGGCCAGCCACCACCAGCCCAUAUGGGCAUACCACCUUACCAACUCGAUCCCAAAACGGCCGGAGCUAUGGGUCUUCCUAGGCCGUCGAUGUACUCCUUCGCCCCCACCCAGUAUCCAUACCCCAUGCUGAGUCCCGAAAUGGCCCAAAUGACGUCCUGGCAUCACAACGGUGGUAUGUAUCCGAUCUCAUCCGCAGCAGCUGCAUUCCGCAGUCCUUAUCCGGCCGGGUUACAACUGCCUUCAGCAUCACUGCCUAGGUUUUCUCCGAGCUUGUUGCCCCAUCCGGGACUACAUGGCGGCCAUCCGCUGAUGAGUCCAGGCCACGCUGCCGCUUUGUCGAGUCUUCACCAUGGCGUCAAACAAGAACCCGGACUCUCAAUGGGACUUUUAGGCGAACAAAAUCACAGAAGUGGACACAAUGACGCCAAAGCGGCCAGCAGUUCGGCGACGCAGUCGGAUUCGAGGUCGACGACGCAGUCGACACCGCCCAACAACAACAACACCUCCUCGCAAGUCCCCGAGAAAAAGAAGCCGCACAUCAAGAAGCCGUUGAACGCGUUCAUGCUGUACAUGAAAGAGAUGCGAGCCAAAGUGGUAGCCGAAUGUACGCUCAAAGAAAGCGCCGCCAUCAACCAAAUCCUCGGCCGACGGUGGCACGCUCUCGGUCGUGAGGAACAGUCCAAGUACUAUGAACUGGCACGCAAAGAGCGGCAGGUCCACAUGCAACUGCAUCCCGGCUGGACGGCCCGUGAUAAUUACGCCCAGGGAAAGAAGAGGAAACGAAGGCGGGAGAAACCGAGUGAGGCCGGAGGUAACAACAUGAAGAAAUGCAGAGCGCGAUACGGCCUCGACCAGCAGAGUCAGUGGUGCAAACCUUGCAGGAGGAAGAAGAAAUGCAUCCGUUACAUGGACGGAGCCGAUGAAGCGGACCACUCUGAGGACAAUUUGGGCAGCGCGGGCAGCGUCGGUGAGACGCGUUCACCCGAUUCCAAAGUGGACGACGACGAUGGCGCCAGUAGCGAUUCGGAUGCUGGCGCACCUGACGACGACGACGGAGGAGCCACCUCGGCCUCUGAUUUGGGACUAUCCAGUCCCGGUUUGAGCCUCUCCUCUCUUGCCAGUCCGGCCAUCCUACCUAGUCCCAGCACGAGCUUGGCCUCUCCGUGCCCUUUGACGCCCUCGCCUGCCACACCGUCUUCGGCCAGCUACACGACGAGUGGCGGCGUUGGCGGACACGACGCCAUCAUCAACAUCAUAGGCAAAUCUUCGCUAAUUACGGCGCAGACGAGUCUGUCGGCCGCUUCGUCCUCGUCGUCAUCAUCGUCUUCUUCCGGCAACGGGAGCACCCCGGGUCUACCUUUUGGACUGUACAACAUGCUGCCUGGGCCUAGUCCGUCCGGAUCGGGUCAUUCUCAUCACUCUGUUCAUCACCACCAUCAUUCUCAUCACCAUCCGCUUCAUCCGGCGCCAUCUGCGGCGGGCCAGCAGCACCACAAUUCUUCUCAUCACUCCCAUCAUCACCAACACCUCCAGCAGCAGCAGCAGCAGCAGCAACACAACCAUCACGGGCUGCUGCUGCCGGCCAACCUUCCGCAUCGGCAUCCGAUCGGAACGAAUCCGCACGACAUCAACAAUCCGUUGAGUGUUAAUCAGCUGACGGGCCAGUGCAGCAGUAACAGCAACAAGGACAAGGCGCAUUCGUCUGUCAGCAAAGCCUCCGAUACCAAUUCGCACGCUAUUGUUAGUGUCACCUGAUCACACAGCAAUUUCCUCCCCCACCCAUCCGCAUCUUCCAUUGGCUUUUCUCUUUUCACGCCGAAAUUCAACAAAACUUGCGGCGCGGGGGCCCUCGCUCCCUGGUCGAUUUUAAAUUGAAUAUGACACAAUAGAAAAGGAAAAAAAACAAACAAAACAAACCAAGAUUUUAUUUUGCUAAUUUUGCAAAAAAAAAUCGCUUCUUCACUUCCUCCCUUGUUUUUUCACGUAAAAAAUUGCGCUCUCCCUCUUCCUCCCCGUUGGCAGUUGGUCGGGAAAGGACAGAGCCAUCUAGCGGGUAAUUCUACGGACGGAUUUUGAAUUUUUUCGAGAGGUUCUUCUUCUUUUUUUACGCGUUUUUGUUUAUAAAACAAAAGAAACACAAAAUAACAACAAUAGCUGAAGGUGAUGAUGAUGGGCGUGACCUCAGGUUCAACAGGGUUGUUUAUUCUAUUAAUUUGUUUUUUUUUUCUCUCACCUUUUUCGUCUCCCAUUAUGUAAGUCGUUUCGUAAUCCUCCGCAAACUUGGAAGCGAAUGGGUUUUGUUUUUCGAGAAAUAUCCAACGGAACGCAAGAGUUUCAUCGUCAAUUCCCAUCUAACCAUAUCCUUUUUUUAUUUUUAUUUUUUUUUACAUUCAAAACGGAAAGAGACUUUCACACACACAGCAAAUAAUUUAAUUUUCAUCGUUGGUUCGAUAUACAAUUUUUCUUUUUUCUCCUUUAUUCCUCGACCUCUUCGACUCUCUCGGUGUGUGCUCUGGGGCGGAUGACCGGGAACGCGCCAAUUUUUGAAAACCAAUUCUUUCAUCCUCCUCGUUGAAAAACAAAAAAAUUCUAAUAUUAAAGAAAAGAAAAAUGAAUGAUGGAAAAAAACAAAACAAAAUAGAUAAAAAUAACAAAAAUGAAACACAAUUUUUCUCGUGCCAAUCAACAAGAGGUUUUACACACCUUUCAAAAAAAAAAAAAAUCCCAUUAGAAUAUUUGAGGAGCAGGGGGGAGGACAACCCAUUUUUCGCGUGCUCUUAAAAAUCCUUCUUCCUCCCCUCACACUCUCUGUCUCCUGAUAUGUAUUAUUUUCUCUUUUUUUUUUUUUCUUUUUCCGAUUUCAAAACAACCACUCGACAAUUUUUGAUUGUAAAUGUCAUGUGUAUAUCUUUCUUUCCCGUUUUUUUUUUCUUCCACUCCGGUCUCUUUCAACUGCAAAAAAAAAAAAACAAAAAACAAAAAAAGAAAAUAAAAAAAAGAAACAAAAAAAAAAAAUUAAGGAUUUUAUCGAUUUUUUUUUCACAUUUUUUAUACAUAUUUCUUUUUUUUUUUUUCAAUAUUCAUCAUAUUCUCCCGUGUGAAAUUUUCGCGUGUGUAUGUAUUUGUAUGAAUGCGUUUACGUAUGUUUGCGGACAAUCAUCCAUCACCGAGUAUUUUUGCCGUGUGUGUCUGAUUUGUUUAUUUUUUAUUUUUUUUUUCUUCUCGUGUCUUUCUUUUUUCUUUUUGAAUGAUUGAGAUCGCGCGAACGCGGGAGGGAUAAGUAUGUUUUUUUUUUUCCCCAUUUGAAUAUCUUUAUAUCUUCCCUCCCCCCAUUUUCAUGUUGUGACUUUUUGGUUCGUUCGUGUGAUGUGUGUGUGUGUGUGUGUGAGUGUUUGGAUUUGAAUCGACGUUGCAUUCAUAUUAAACAGGAAACCACAG